UGGGAAAAUCACUCGGGAACCGUGGAGAGAGUGGGGGGAAGGAGCAGAGUUGCGUCAGUAGGCUUUUGCAGAAAUCCAGAGAAGAAAUGGUGGUGGACAGAGUCGGAUACUACUGGGGUCGGAGAGAAAGGCCUGGUUUGAGAUCCUCGGGACUAUGCGACUGGAAGAGGAGCUGCUGAGGAAGGCGCAGGGGCCAAGGCCGACUCCUGACUUCUGCGACGGCCGAGCUGCCAGGCGCUCCGGACCAAGAGUCUCCCGGGUCGCAGCCUGCGUUCCUCCUCGGCGAGGAAGCAUCCCGUCCGCUCCCGGGGCCGAGGGAUGUAACUGCGUCCCCCCGCGUCCCCUCCUGCCUCCCGCGCCUCAGCAUCGCCGCUGCAACCACUUGCACAGGCUGUGGCUCAGCCAAUGAUCCUGUGAGUGCUAGGGAGUCACCGUUGCCCCUGGGGGCCCCUGUCCUGAAGUAGCCUACCUGCCUGCCCUGAGCAUGGCGUCUGAUACCCCUGAGUCCCUGAUGGCCCUCUGCAGCGACUUCUGCCUGCGUAACCUCGAUGGUACACUGGGCUGCCUGCUGGACAAGGAGACACUGAGGCUACAUCCAGACAUCUUCCUGCCCAGCGAGAUCUGUGACCGGCUCGUCAACGAGUACGUGGAGCUGGUCAAUGCCGCCUGCAACUUUGAGCCCCACGAGAGCUUCUUCAGCCUCUUCUCGGACCCCCGCAGCACCCGCCUCACCCGCAUCCACCUCCGGGAGGACCUGGUGCAGGACCAGGACUUGGAAGCCAUUCGCAAACAGGACCUGGUGGAGCUGUACCUGACCAACUGCGAGAAGCUGUCUGCCAAGAGCCUGCAGACGCUGAGGAGCUUUAGCCACACCCUGGUGUCCUUGAGCCUCUUCGGCUGUGCAAACAUUUUCUACGAGGAGGAGAACCCAGGGGGCUGUGAAGACGAGUGCCUCGUCAACCCCACCUGCCAGGUGCUGGUCAAGGACUUCACCUUCGAGGGCUUUAACCGCCUGCGCUUCCUCAACUUGGGCCGCAUGAUCGAUGGGGUCCCCGUCGAGUCCUUGCUGCGGCCACUCAACUCGCUGGCUGCCUUGGACCUCUCAGGCAUUCAGACAAGCGACGCGGCCUUCCUAACUCAGUGGAAAGAUAGCCUGGUGUCCCUUGUGCUCUACAACAUGGACCUGUCGGAUGACCACAUCCGUGUCAUUGUCCAGCUGCACAAGCUGCGACACCUGGACAUCUCCCGAGACCGCCUCUCCAGCUACUACAAGUUCAAACUCACUCGAAAGGUGCUGAGCCUCUUUGUGCAGAAACUGGGGAACCUGAUGUCCCUGGACAUCUCUGGCCACAUGAUCCUAGAGAACUGCAGCAUCUCCAAGAUGGACGAGGAAGCCGGGCAGACCAGCAUCGAGCCUUCCAAGAGCAGCAUCAUGCCCUUCCGGGCUCUGAAAAGGCCGCUGCAGUUCCUUGGGCUCUUCGAGACCUCCCUGUGCCGCCUCACGCACAUUCCAGCCUACAAAGUAAGUGGGGACAAAAACGAGGAGCAGGUGCUGAACGCCAUUGAGGCCUACACAGAGCACAGACCUGAGAUCACCUCACGGGCCAUCAACCUGCUUUUUGACAUCGCACGCAUCGAGCGCUGCAACCAACUUCUGCGGGCCCUGAAGCUGGUCAUCGCGGCCCUCAAGUGCCACAAGUACGACAAGAACAUUCAAGUGACAGGCAGUGCUGCGCUCUUCUACCUGACCAAUUCCGAGUACCGCUCAGAGCAGAGCGUCAGGCUGCGCCGGCAGGUCAUCCAGGUGGUGCUGAACGGCAUGGAAUCCUACCAGGAGGUGACGGUCCAGCGGAACUGCUGCCUGACCCUCUGCAACUUCAACAUCCCUGAGGAGCUGGAAUUCCAGUACCGCCGGGUCAAUGAGCUCCUGCUGAGCAUCCUCAACCCCACGCGGCAGGAUGAGUCAAUCCAGCGCAUCGCCGUGCACCUGUGCAAUGCCCUGGUCUGCCAGGUGGACAAUGACCACAAGGAGGCCGUGGGCAAGAUGGGCUUUGUGGUGACCAUGCUGAAGCUGAUUCAGAAGAAGCUGCUGGACAAGACAUGUGACCAGGUGAUGGAGUUCUCCUGGAGCGCCCUGUGGAACAUCACGGACGAGACGCCCGACAACUGUGAGAUGUUCCUCAACUUCAACGGCAUGAAACUCUUCCUGGACUGCCUGAAGGAAUUCCCAGAGAAGCAGGAACUGCAUCGGAAUAUGCUAGGACUCUUAGGGAACGUGGCAGAGGUGAAGGAGCUGCGGCCCCAGCUAAUGACUUCCCAAUUCAUCAGUGUCUUCAGCAACCUUCUGGAGAGUAAGGCCGACGGGAUUGAGGUUUCCUACAACGCCUGUGGCGUCCUCUCCCACAUCAUGUUUGAUGGGCCCGAGGCCUGGGGCAUCUGUGAGCCCCGGCGGGAGGAGGUGGAGGAGCGCAUGUGGGCAGCCAUCCAGAGCUGGGACAUCAAUUCACGGAGAAAUAUCAACUACAGGUCAUUUGAGCCAAUUCUUCGCCUUCUUCCCCAGGGCAUCUCCCCUGUCAGCCAGCAUUGGGCCACCUGGGCCCUGUACAACCUUGUGUCUGUCUACCAGAGGGCAGUCCUCACAGGCGGGUCUCUGGGCCACAGGCUGAUAGAAGACCCCCCUCAUCGCUGCUGUCUGCCCCUACCCCACAGCGGACAAGUACUGCCCACUGUUGAUCAAAGAAGGUGGGAUGCCCCUUCUGAGGGACAUGAUCAAGACGGCAACUGCACGGCAGGAGACCAAGGAGAUGGCCCGGUAAGCCACAGGCAGGGUUUCUGCCUGGAGCCCCAAUGCAGGGCAGUGAGGGUCACAGUGGGGGCGCCCUGAUGGUUGGGAAUGGCUGGAAUUCCCAGGGGAGCUCCGAGUUGUGUGUGGAGGUGGACAGCCUGUUGAUGUCUGGCUGGGGCCUCCCUGAGUGUCAUUUCGGCCACAACUAGCCAGAAGCUAAAUGACUGAGUUCUGAACAGAGCAUCAUUGCCUUCAUUUGUAAGCUUUUUCUUUUAUUCCAACAAAUUCCAUCCUCUCCUUACAGCCAUUAGCAAGUCAGGUCAGCAUUUUUCAUUAUAUUUGGCUAAAGACAUUCCGACUAAAGAGAAGACCCAGUGUGGUAAAAUACAUUCGAGAGGCCAGGCAGGGCAGAGUGCAAGUGCGUUUCUGAAUGUGAAGGCCCCAGACACCAGAGCCGCCUGGCCUCUCACCGCUGGGUGGUGGCCGCUGCAGCGCCUCAGUUACCAUUGGCCCUGAUCCCACACCCGUCAGCAUGCAGGGAGAUGCUCAGGGAUAUGGCACGUCCAGCAGUGACAAGUAAUCAGAAAGCCUUGCUUUCUCCCGGAUCCAUUGCAGAAGGGAACAGAGCUAAGUUUACCCCAGUUUCAAACACCAUAUAGAAAUAGAGGAAUGUGUAGUAGGGGCCUGGAGGUCAGAGGCUCCGAAGAUGACAGCUCACUGUGGUUAUUAUCAGCAAAAGCCACUGCUCAACUGUUCACUAACAGAUUUGUCUGAGUUUGAGAAUAGUAAAUCGAGUAGUUCUCAAACUUAAUCUCUCUAAAGAAUCACCUGGCAAUUAUUUCAAAUGUACAGGUCCCACCUAGAUUUUCUUUUCCCAGUGGGUCUGGGAGGUAGGCCUGGGCAUAUUCACUGUCAACGGGGAUCCCAGGGGAUUUGAGAAGCCAUAACCUUCCCCCAUCACUUAGAACAUCUCUGUGAGACCUGAGCCAUGUGUGCCCGCUGGCUGGCCUGUCUGACAGCAGGGUGUGAGUGACACCAAGAAGCGACUGCCCCUGUCUAAUCCAGGCAUCCCUUACUUCCUAAAAAGCAUUUGGGCACCUCUUUAGCACAUGGAGGCUGCAGGGAACAACCCGCCCCGAACCAGGCUAACACAGAGGCUUAAUGUUGGACAAGAAGGCCAUCGAGGGUCCAGGGUGACACAACAGUGGGGCAGCAGAUCCCAAGGCCUAGACUGAAGUGGGUGUGAGACCCCAGAUCUGAGCCCAAGCAGUGGCUGCCAAAUGCUGCACCAGGGCCUGGCCACUGCAGGGUGUUAGGGCCCCCUGUGCUGUACAGCUGCCCUUACCUACCCAGCCCUGCUGCUGGACGAGGAUCUCUGGGGAAUCUGGUGAAGGAAGAGCCAGACGUUCUUGGAGGUCAGGCCUGAGCUCAUUUGGGGCUCAGAUGCCCGGCAGCUGAGAGGCUGGGGAGAACGGAGGGGCAGACAGGGUUCAGGUGAUAUUCAUGGCCACAGGUACCAUUUCCUGGGCUGCCAGCCACUUUGUCCAUACAGCUCGGUCAGCAGCAGCAGCCCUGUUACAUUUACUAACAAAUCCAGUGGCCUCAUCUGCCAGGAAGGGCCUGGCCCAGUCCAGCCCAAGCUCCUCCUCCAGGCCUCUCUCU